AUGACUUUGGCUGAAAACCACUUGAGUAGAAAAGGUUCAAGUAAAGCAACAGUUCGUCAUCUGUAUCGUAAUAAACCUACUCACCAUCCAACAAUUAGCAAAGCCUUAGAAACAGGAAUCAUGGAGAAAUAUCUUAAAGACAACAAUGGUGAUCCGGGUUUAAGCAUCAAUAACAAAAUAGAUGGAUUAUUCUUUAUGGCAACACCAAAAACAACAUCGGGACAAAUACCAGAUGAGAGUUUUUUCGGCAACUAUAGAAUAAUGAUCCCACCUGACUAUCUUGUCCAGGGUUGUAAUCUUUACUUUGCUGAUUUCACUUGUUUAACUGGAAAAUCUCACUACAUCACUCUAGUUUUAACUAAAGUUAAUAGUAAAGAGGAUAGAUAUUGUCGCUAUAGAUUAGUUCAACUUGAUUUUGAUGAUAAUCCAUUUUUCUACAAGGAACGUGGUGUAUUUUAUGUUCCCCUUGCACACUAUUUACAUGUUGAAAUAUUAUACACUGAAAAUGUGGAUCUGGUUGAACUGAUGAUGUUAAGUCGACAUGGUUCACUAGAUUUUAGACAAUAUAUUUUACAGGAUCACUUAGUAAGAGGUGCUAGUAGACCGGGAGGGAAACCCAAACCAUCUAAUUGUAGUGUAUGUAAUUUGUCACCAUUUCCCGAAAAACAUUCUAUUUUUUUAUAG